AUGGUCAACUUUGCUCUUCCCACCUUGGCCGCUCUGGCCGUGGCCCAACUUACUGGAGCCACCCCAGUGGCAACUCAGUCCGGCACCACAGAGGUGUUUUCAUUCUCCAAAUGGGUCGACGGCAUCAUCGCCAACCCCAACGGCGACAACUUGACUCCCGAGGAGGCUGUUGAGGCCUGGCACGCAUCUGUCAACGAGACGAGCGCGGCCGCAACCGGGGAAAACCUCAUCCAGAAGCGUUACACCUGCAACACCAUCCCCAACACGGAGGCCUACGUUCCCGAUGCAGUGGCCUGUAUCAACGAACUCGCCCGUAGGGGUGGCCAGGAGUGCAGAGUCGACGCGGUCACUGUCUUCUGCGUCAUUGGCCGGGCUCAAAUCACCGGAGUCAGGGGCGGCAACACGCCCACGGCCUCGUCUUGCAACGACGUCGCCCGUGGUGCCGGCUACGUGAUGGACCACUGCACCCGCGCUGAUAACACGGUACAGGGUUCGGAAUUCGCUUACGGUAACGGCAACCUUUUGGUUUGGAUCCGCCGACCCAGUUAA